AUGAAGCUGGCCAUUUGUAUUGCAUUUGUACUCGUCUCAUCAUGCUCGGCCCUGCUUGGCAUCAUCGGAACAGAGCAAUCAGUGGAAGUCAUCGGAAAGCUCAUUUGCAAUGGGAAACCGGCAGAUGAUAUAAAAGUGAAGCUGUACGACAAGGAAAUGAUCCUCGACAGUAAAUUGGGUGAAGCUCACACCAACAAAGAAGGUUUCUUCAAGGUAUCAGGACACAAAAGAGAACUGUCAACUCUCGAUCCCAAAGUGAACAUUUAUCAUCGAUGCAACCAUGACGGGAUUUGCGACAGGAAGUUCAGUAUUAGUAUCCCGGAAAAUUUCAUCACGGAUGGAGAAAAACCGACUAAAACGUUUGACAUCGGCACUAUCAAUCUCGCUGAU